AUGAACUACCCGCUUUCCAAGGAGGCUAAUGCCCUGCGCGAACAAAUCAAGGAAAUGAUACCUGAGACGGCAACAGAGGAGGAUAAAAAAGGAAUUCUAAAAGCCACUGCUUCUAUUGAUACGGAAGGAAACAAGACUUAUUCUAGCGUGCAACUCCACUCACUGGUGUUGAAAAUGGUUAAGGAAAUGGAUAUUGGAGAGGGCUGGGGUUGGAAUUUGGGGCACUUCUCAGUACCGAAACCCAUACGCAACAAAUACAAUCAGAUGUACCUUGUUCCACUAUCUGAGGAGACAAUCUUGACGCCUGGUGGACCUCUGAAAGAGGGAACGUACACUUUCACUACUACCGAGCCUACACUUAGCCCAAACGCCACCGUGAUAUUUGUCGUCCCAUACCGAGGUGCUGGGGAAUGAACAACUUCUCCACACAUAUAGUCAAUUCACAAUUCCAGAAAUGUUUUCACGCAUGUAAAUAGAUUAAGGAAGCCUUUACAAAACAGAUCAUGAAUGACAGUUAUGACAAAACGAGAGGUGACUGGAGAUAUUAGAGGAAAUCUCCUUUUUAUUUUACACGCAACACUUGCUGAUUUGCAGUAUUUCCUGGUCUAAGACUGCUUCGCAGAGUCAGAUGGUGGCAUCAAUGUCUGUAGGAAACUUAUCCCGUAUGUUG